AUGUUGGUGGUGAUCGUGGGAGGGGGGCGUAACCUAUAUGCUGCACAAGCUGCCAGCUUUGGGAGUCCGGAGACAGGAGGCAAGAUGAGCUAUCCGUACCCGGGGGGAGGUUACCCUGGACAGGGCAUGCCCCAGCCGGGCUACCCAAACACCAACCCACCGUAUCCUAACGCUGCACCAGGAUAUCCUCAGGGUCCUGCUGCGAUGCCGAUGCCUGGAGCACCUCCACCCCAAGCGUUGUACGGAGGUUCUGCAGGUUAUGACCAGAUGCCGGCGCCCCCUGGUGGAUCUGGGCUUCCCUACAGUCCACAGCCUCCCUUGGGCUUCCAGACCAUUGCCAUGGCAGCCACAGCCUUUCGAGGAGGGGCGGGGUCUGUUGCCAUGCCAACACCUCAACCUCCCGGGCCUUCACCAUACCCAUCAGCUGGCGGGGGUGCUCCUCCUUAUCCUGUAGGUGGUGGAGGGUUCCCUCAAGCCCCCCCGCCAGCCAGUGGUUCCUUCCAAUCCGGUCCUCCUGCUCCUCAGCCCCACCCUCAGAUGCCAUCAGCUCCAGGGAGCCAGCGAAGACCCCCACCCCAGGUGCCGACUGCCCCAGGGAGUCGGGGGACUGCCGCUCCCAAGGGGACCCAACAGGCAUCAGCAGGCAGUGCAAGCCAAACUCGUCACAUCCAUGGCACCCUGCGGGAACACCAGUCAUUCGACCCACAUGCCGAUGGACAGAAGCUGAGAAAUGCCAUGAGAGGAGUGGGGACUGAUGAGAAAGCUAUCAUUGACAUCAUGGCACACAGAUCCAACGCACAGAGACAGCAACUCAUCCUGCAGUACAAGACUAUGUAUGGAAAGGACUUGGUAGACAACUUGGGGAGUGACUGUGGAGGGAAGUUUGGACAGGUGAUACAGUACCUGUGUAUGACACCUGCACGUCUGGACGCAUACCUGCUCAGGAAAGCCAUCAAGGGCUUUGGAACGGAUGAAAAAGUGCUGAUAGAAAUCCUAAGCACCAGAACUAACCAAGAACUGACAGAAAUCAGGAUGGCUUAUAACACAGAUUACAAUAAAAACUUGGAGCAGGACAUUAUUGACGACACCUCUGGCCACUUCCAAAGGUUGAUGGUGUCUUUAUGUCAGGGGAAUAGAAGUGAGAGCACAACCGUGGACACUGCACAGGCACAGAAGGAGGCUAAGGAGUUGUAUGAAGCAGGGGAGAAGAAGUGGGGUACGGAUGAGUCCAAGUUUAACGCCAUCCUGGUGUCCCGCAGCCCUGCCCAGCUCAGGGCCACGUUUGAUGAGUACAGCAGACUCUGCAAGUACACCAUGGAACAGUCCAUCAAGAGGGAGAUGUCAGGAGACCUGGAGAAGGGCAUGUUGGCUAUUGUGAAGUCAGUGAGAGACACUCCUGCAUUCUUUGCCGAGAAGCUGUACAAAUCCAUGAAGGGGCUUGGCACAGAUGACGACACACUGAUCCGUAUUGUGGUGACUCGAUGUGAGGUGGACAUGCAGCUGAUAAAGCAGGCAUUUCAGGCCAACUAUAAACAAACUCUGGGCCGCUUCAUUGCUGUAAGUACCUCCAUGAAUAGUUCCCUAGUAAAAUUUGCGUGGCUUUAUAGUUACAAAAUGGGGAAUGCGGAAUCACAAGAAGAGAAGAAGCCACUGGACGUGACGGCAAUAGACGACCCACGGGACAAGGAGUUCGGAAACUAUGACUUCCCGUUUGAGAACCUGGUGAUAGAGGGAGGAGGGGCCCGAGGAGUGGCGUAUGUUGGAGCGCUGAGGGUCCUGGAGUCUGCCGGAAUCCUGCAGAACAUCAAACGAGUGGCGGGGGUGAGCGCAGGAGCCAUCACGGCGACGUUCGUGGCCCUGGGACUGAGCUGCGCGGACGUGGCACAGGAAGCUGACGUGGAUCUGGGCAAGAUUCUCAUCUCCGGAGGGUACAUGCAGACCCUGGUGAAACCAGUCAACCUGUACAGACGGUACGGAUGGGAAACAGGUGACGGGUUCACCCAGUUCUUUGGAGGCAUCCUGGAGAAGUUCACACGUAAGGAAGGCCGUCCUGGGAACCCAGACGUCACCUUCAAGCAGCUGUACAAAAUGAGCGGAAUCGAACUCUGCAUCGUGGUGACAAACUUGGACCAGAUGACGGAGGAAUACUGCCACGUCAAGACCACUCCCGACCUGCCCAUCCGUAAGGCUGUCAGGAUGUCCAUGUCCAUCCCAGGACUGUUCCAGCCAGUGUUGACUGAUUAUCAUGGAGACAAGGAGUUCUACGUGGAUGGGGGUGUGAUCUGUAACUAUCCACUCCACGCCUUCGAUGGCUGGUGGCUCUCCAUGGAGGAGGCUGACUCGUUCUUCAGCAGACUGGAUGACCUGGCCCACCUCAGCCGUGCCAUGCACCGCUCCAACCGCUUCGAACCGGUCAACCCCAAAACCAUCGGCCUCAUGCUGUAUUCUGAUGACGACAUUGAGCAGUACCAGCAAGUUCUCUGUGACCGUCUGACGCAGGAGGAAAGGACGUAUGAGAAGAAAAGGCCUGACACCGAGGCAGCCAGGGCUUACCAAGACAAGAGAGCUGUUGAAACUGUCGAAGCCAUGGAGAACAGGAAGAAAAUCCGCGGCCUGAUCGACAAGUUUCUGACUAGUCUGAAGAGCCAAAACAUUCACCACACCUCGACUAUCACUAGGGAGGAACUGCGCAGGGUUUUCAAAGAGGCAGGAAACGACUCACUGACUGACAAAGAAAAGAAGAAACUCUUCGGGGAGUCUUACUCGGUGGACCAACUCUUCGAUCAGAUGGACGCAGACCAUGAUGGAAGGCUGACGUUCCAAGAGAUCCACCAUUUCUUUACCAACCGCGGCUUCAGCUGGCUGACUCGCAGUAUGGAAGAGAGGCGGGUACAUGUCACCAGUCUCACCGACUACACCCUCAAGUUCAUGGACCUUCUCGGGGUUCUGGGGAAGAAAAUCUACCGCAAGGUUUACGAUAUGGACAGAACCAUUGGAGUGGACAGUGACUACGUGAAGACAACAGACUUUCAGUUGGAGGACGAGGAUAAAAUGUUUCUUUUCAAGCGGGGUGCCACAGGUACCCGAGCCUUCCUGCGUACGUACAUCGAGAAGAACAACAUGAGGCCGACUUCGUCUUCUGGGAAACGCCGCUGGAAGAACUUACAGCGCUGCGUGCUGUUCGCUCCGAGACUGAAGAAAGACCCCGAGCAGGAGAGCCCUUCUACUAACAUCUAAGUUUGCAUCGCAGUGUGUAACAUCUAAAUUCUAACAUCCGUACGUUUGCAUUGUAGCCUAUAUUAAAGCUCCUUGCAUUGUAGUGUAUAACAUCUGAGUUUGCAUUGCAGUGUAUUGUACUUGUGCAUCUUAGAAAAGAAUCUACCAUUUCCAUGAAAUUGGACAUAGUAGAACAAAGGGCAUUUUAUAACCUACGAAAGCUUACCAUAGAUGGACAUUACACUCGUGUCGUCUGUUGCCGGCUAUACCGGCUAUACCUGCACAGAUACAGAUGGGAAUUCACUGUUUUGCAACUUAAUUGAUAUCUCAAUAUCUUUUAUCAAUGGAUAUAACCAAUUGAAUUUGAAUGUCCAUCAGUGUUGGUAGAAGUCAUUAUAAAGUAAGUUCAAACUGUAAUUUCCAACACAAGAAAUUGGGCUCGAUCACCCAAAUUUUUGACUGUACAACUUCAGUGUUUAUUUACCGCUUCUAUGACGCCAUAGUGGUUCAUAACUUAGACUUGAAGUCUUACACGUAAGACAGUGCCUGUGCCGACUGAUACUUUAUCCUUGUAUAGGCUUGUUUUGCUAGUAUUGAUAAUCUUUAAAAAACUGUUAAGUUAACAAUCAUGUUCUUCAGUCAUAUGUGUAACACUUGAUAAUAAAGAACUUGUCUUUUGCUUAAACUAUGAUUGAUAUGUCUGCGUAGUACAAAUUAAAGAAAAUGCUGCAA